AUGGAGACUGUGAUAGGAGAUCACCAAAUCGUUGUCCUAAGCGGCUUUGAUAGUCAACUUAUUAUCGCUCUCAUAUUUAUCCUACUCUUUGUUGCAUGUCUGUAUGAGAAAUCCCGACGAAGGGAUAACAUCCCUACCGUGAACCGGUGGUUCACACUCGAACCUACAGUCUUCUCGCGUAUUCGCUUUGCAUUGAAUUCGGGGCGGAUAAUGGAGAUUGCAUACCAGAAGUAUAAGGGACAGGCAUAUAGACUUGCACGAGGGGAUGCAGAUUAUAUUGUUCUUCCGGCUGAGUGUGUCACUGAACUUAACCGCCUCCCUCAACACAUGUUGAACUCCCGCCAGUGCCACUCUUACUCGAUGACUGGGCAUUUGAAUGGCAUAAAUAUUGUGCUAAAGUCGAACCUGCAUGUCCGUCUCCUAUUGAACACAAUAACGCCCGCUUUGCCCAGGUUCCUACAGCCAACCAGCGUGAGGAUUGAAGAGGAAAUGAAGAGAAGCUUCCCACAGGAUAAGGACAGUUGGAAGAGUAUAGAUAUGACUGAUAGGAUUGCGGUCUGCGUCGGGCGGGCAUUUGCUCUUGCGGUCGUUGGAGCGCCCAUGUGCGAUAAUGCCGAGUUCAUCCGCCUGAUGAACGAGUACACAAAAGACGUGUUCUAUGUCAUGUUUAUCAUGCGCCUCGUGCCUUCCAUACUGCAGCCACUGGCCGUCUGGUUGCUUCCGUCAAAAUGGCGUCUCCGAGCGGGUCGAAAGAGACUUGAAGCAUUCAUACGGCCAAAUGCGAAGAAGCAGAGGGAGGAAGAUAGCCGCUCUACGGUAAUUUCUGAGCUGCCGAGCCUCUUUAAGUGUAUUAUAAAUGAGGCCAGAAACGAAUCUGAGCAAGAUCCCGAGGUCGUCACAGGGUUGCUGAUGGCACUGGCAGUUGGGGGGACCUACAGUGCCGCCAAUUUCAUCUAUGCAGCUAUACUGGACCUCACUGCUCAUCCACACUACCUGGCAGAAAUUCGCGAGGAAUUGCACCUAAAGAAUGCGGAGAUCAGUGGUCGCUGGGACUUCGAAGCAUUCAAUUCUCUACACAAGCUUGAUUCUGCAUGCAAAGAGACACUGCGUCUGACACCUGGAAGCCUUACGACGUAUAGCCGCGUCAUGCAGGAUGACUAUACCCUUUCGAAUGGGAUUACGCUGCGAAAGGGUCAGUUCAUCUGUGUGCAUAGUAAUGGUCGGGCCCGAGACAGUUCUGUGUACCCCGAUGCUAAUAAGUAUGAUGCACUACGUGCCUAUAAACAGGACUUUCGGGCCCACACUACCUGUCCAUUCAAAGGGGUGUACGGGCAGGACUUCCGGUGGGGUUCGGGCAGGUGGGCGUGUGCAGGUCGGUACCUCGCCUCAAUGGUAUGUAAGAUUAUGCUGGUCAAACUUCUGGACGAGUAUGAUUUCCAGUUUGAGGGAAGUGAAGGCCGGCCUGCAAACACGAUUUUUCAUGAAUAUGUGUUCAUUCGCCCAGGGGUCAAGUUGAUGAUGCGGCGAAGGGAGGGUAGUCUGGGAAUUCGCUGUGUUUAA